CCUUCUCCCUCUCCCGCUUCAACGCCUCCGUCCGACUCACACCCCCAGAAACGUAGUCCGCACCCCCAAUGCCACCGCCUCCAUCCCCAAGUGUCUCGUCGACUUCGACGCAAUGCACCUCCAAAGUGCCCACCAAGCCGCGAAUCCUCUCUAUCGCCUCUGCAUGCUCUUCAGCAAUUGCUGGAUCCACAACAAACAGCUUCACCAUCCCAAUCCUCCCGCUCUGCCCCAUUCCCAUCCCCGCCGCCAAACUCGUUCCGAUCCCCGUCCUAGUCACACCACCCGCCCUCUCCCUUCUCGCCAAAACCCUCGCCAACAACUCGAUCGUGCCCAUCGUCCUUCUCCCCCCACUCCUACCACUAUUCAUACUGUCGUCUCCAUCGCUAUCUCCAUCGCCAUUCCUCCCGACCCUUUCGAACGGUCCAACGACACUCAAGACUUCCAACGACCUCGGAUACCCCUCCCCCAACCUCUCCCAAACAUCAUACCGCAGCGCGCGCUCACAGACCGUCAAUUCACGAAGACUGGGCGCUUGCAGCAGACCGUUCGUGCUACACGACUGGAGGACGUAGGGCUCGGUUUGAUUUUGGUCGGUGAGCGAGAGCAGAGGAUGCGGGAGGAUGAGUGCGAGGGAGGUGAGAUGUGUGAAGUCGAGGGGGGUAACCAUGU